GAUCCCGGGCGGGCGGAGCCAAGUAGGAGGAAAUGGUACUGUUGGCUGACUGCUCCCAAGAAAAACCGGCGACGAGCGUCCACACAUCAGGCAGUUUGACCGCACAUCUUCACCGCUUUCUAGCCUUCACUACUGCAGCAGCCGUCAAGCAAGAUAUACCUCUCAAGCUAAACUCCAGUCAUUCACUGAAACACAUCAUAAUUUAGCUGCUUAUAAACCAGGCAACACUUGUAUCUAGAAAUAUCUGUGAAGGGCUCGGAGAUUAACGUUACAGAUAAACGGCUGCAGGAUGGAGACGCAGAUACAUGUGCCCGUCGGCUCGCCGGUAAUUAGAAAAAUUCCCAUUUUCGUGGACGAACACAGCGUGACGGAGGGGGCGAUGAAGCUCAUUAAGGAGCUGAGACCGGCGUGGGACCCCAGCCAUGUCAAGACCAAGCUCUUCACUGAUGGGACCACCAACAAGUUGGUGGGCUGCUAUGUGGAGGACAGUCCAGAUGAUGUAGUCCUGGUCCGAGUAUAUGGGAACAAGACAGAGCUGAUUGUGGACAGAGACAAUGAGCUCAAAAGCUUUCAGGUGCUGCAUGCUAAUGGUUGUGCUCCCCGCCUCUACUGCACCUUUCAGAACGGCAUCUGCUAUGAGUUCAUGCAGGGGGACGCUCUUGGGACACAGGAUGUCAGGGAUCCUUCCCUACUCAGACUGAUAGCCAGGGAGAUGGCUCGUAUCCAUGCCAUCCACGCACACAACGGCUGCAUCCCCAAACCCAACCUCUGGAUCAAGAUGCGAAAAUACUUCUCCCUGGUGGCCACAGAGUUCACCGAGCAAGCCUCCAACGUCAGAAUCAAGCAGGAGGUGCCCAGCAAGGCAGUGCUGGAGCAGGAGAUGGUGUGGAUGAAGGAGCAUCUCUCCACACUGGGCUCCCCCGUGGUUCUUUGCCACAAUGACCUGCUCUGCAAGAACAUCAUUCAUAACAGCAAAGAGGGUCAUGUUCGCUUCAUAGACUAUGAAUACUCCAGUUACAACUACCAGGCCUUCGACAUCGGCAACCACUUCAAUGAAUUUGCAGGCAUGUCUGAGCCAGACUAUGGGUUGUACCCCAGUCGGGAGAUGCAGAUGGAGUGGCUCAAAGUGUAUCUACAGGCAUACAAACUCUUCACCAAGAAAACAGAGGAGGUCAGCCCGCGGGAGUUGGAGACACUCUAUGUACAGGUCAACAAGUUUGCUCUGGCUUCUCACUUCUUUUGGGGCUUCUGGGCACUCAUCCAGGCCAAAUACUCCACCAUCGACUUUGACUUCCUCGGGUACGCUGUGCUACGUUUCAACCAGUACUUCAAGACCAAACCUGCAGUGAUGGCCCUGCAGAUCCCGGAAUGAGAGGAGAGAUGGAGGGAAGACAGAAUGAGGAGAGAGGACAGGAAGGGGCGGUCUGGGUUUAAUGCUGGGACUUCCUGUAGGGUGGGAACUCUUCUCUGUCAGCCAGGUGCUGAUAGACCACUGCUUGGUCUACUUGGCAUUCAUUUCUGCAUUAAGCGCAAUUACUCUUUCAUUCCUCUAAACUUAGCUCCAUGUCUCUCACAACUCUAGCUCAAACAUUACAAAUACUCCAGAGUUCUGUGUGUGUGUGUGUGUGUGUAUGUGUGAGUGAGAGAGUGUAUGCUUGUGUAUGUCUGUGUUCUUCAUUUGUCUUGAUACACCCAACAUCUUGCUUUCCCUCUUAGGGCAUAGUGAGCACAGAAGUCUGAGUUUAGGGUAGAACUCACUGACUAAAAACCUGCUUUACUGUCUGUCACACUGGCACCAAAAUGUUCCACAUCGCUGGUAAUGAAGGUCAAAAGAGGGAGUAGACUGUCAAGGAGGGUUUGAUGCUGCCAUUGACUGAUGAGUUUAUCCUGUUCUCUGUGCACUGUAUCUGUGGCUCAACGCCAUGGCCUCUGUAUGAGGUAAUGCCUCUGCAGCCAUUAUAGUUACUGUAGACACUGACUACAGAUGUAUUUCACCUGGGAUUCCUCAGGUUCUGCAUGUGAUGUGUGCAAUGAGACCAUUCCUCCUCGUUUUACCACUGUAAAAUACUAAUGUGUGAGAUCCUUUUUCUCCAUCUUUGGUGCUAAGUGCUUGUAGCUGCAGUGUUUCUCCGAGAGAUCACCUGUGCAUCAAACACUGGUGUCUGAUUUUUCUGUCGAUGCAGUUUGAGCUUCUGUCGGUUCCUCUUCUAGUUGUUCCAAGCAAACUGCUGCUGCUAGAAAUGUGAAACAUACUUUUCUGUGUGCUAGUCCCCUUGGAAGGACCUGUCAGACACUGAGUGUGUGGAACAGCAAAUGGAAAAGCUUUUCAUGGACCAGCUGUAGGUUGAAUCACUAUUGUGUUAUAGCAAUCAGUGAUAGAGAGUAGCUAAAUGUGCAUUUAUUUAUUUAUGUGAAGACAUUGUGGAUUAUUUAACAUCUCAGGUGAAACGACUUGUCAGUUUGGGUUGCUUUAGUAAGUGCUGCUCAAUGUUGAAUUGGGAAGUGAUGCUGAAGGAGGGGAGAUGGAUGUCGGUUAAAAAAAAGAGGGGACCUACGUAAAUGUCACGCUAAACUCCGUGUACGUUUUUCCACCUUCUUGACUUUUAUGGUUACAGCGAAUCGCUCCGUUAAACUUUCCAUUUGAACUUUCCAGACCUCUCGGAAAAUCACAACCUCAGUCAUCCCCCCUCCGCCCCCUCCCUUGCCAACCCCAUCCUCCCCCACUUUAUGCCCUCCUGUGUCCGCUUCCCCCUCAUGUUACUAUCUUUGAUCUCCUCCCAGCCCAGUUUUGUUUCACAUCUGUUGAGAUUGAAGCAGUAACACCUGUUCCACAGGGCGCUUACCAUCUAAACAUCCAUCACAGACCGCUUUCAGCCUUGCACUGUAAUCCAUUCCCAUCCCAGAUUCAGAGCCAAAUUUUGUUACAUAAUCAGACAAGUCUAGUUUUCAAAAAGAGGCAUGAAUGGGUAAUCUUGGGCUGUGCUGCUGUCAUGAGAUCACCUCAGUGGAAAAACAUGGCAUCUGACACUCCAGAAACAGUGUUUUUCAGAAGGACAUAAGAUCCUCAUUCAUCACACUCAGGGUAUCUGCAGAUCCUUCAAAGAUCUUAAAGCAAACGUGCUAGAUGCCUUACAAAACAUUACCAGGAUUAUUUGCGCUCAGUCAAUACACUACAGGUUUAAUAGUACAGUACACAUCUUGUCUGUCUUAAUGAGUACAGUUGGACUUCAGGAUACUUCCCCAGUAACUUCCAGCUGUUCUUUCCUCAUUCUGGCUAUUGAUAGUUUAAGACCCUCUAUAGUCAACUUAAAUUCAAUCAGAUAUUGGACCUUUUAUUCAGUUGGCCUCAAAUUACAAUCUAUAAAAGGGUAUCUGCAGAUAUCCUGAUACUGAACAGCCUCUAAGAAAAAUCAACCAAUAUACAAGCACUGGCUUCUGCCAUAAUGAAGUUAAGCACAGGAUUCACUCCUCCCAAUCAUUGACGCAAUCAUUGAUCUGAUUAGACUGGAGUGAUAAACACAACACAAUUAUGAAUGAAUCUCAAGCUCCAGAUCAUAUCUUCUGAAGUUGUUCAUUCAUGCCGAACUCCAGAAAAGGGAUGUGUCACGCUCCUCAGAAUAUUCAGCCCCUCAUUGACCCAGCAGGGGGAGACACUGAGCUCUGACCUUUGUCCUCCACUGUGGGUGUCAUGUAGCUGACAGGCUUAAUAAUUUACCAGGUGAGCAGCAGUCCUUCAGAA